CCCAGGAUUCCUCGCUUCUUCCGGGAGGUCAGCUGACGCAGCGGGCAGGAUGGAGGCCGUGCCGCGGAUGCCGAUGAUCUGGCUGGACCUGAAAGAGGCCGGAGACUUCCCCUUCCACAGCCCGGUCCGACAGUUUGUCCUGAAGAACUACGGGGAGAACCCCGACGCCUACACCGAGGAGCUGAAGAAGCUGGAUCAUCUCAGACAGAGUGCGGUGAACGUUCCCAGAGACUUCGAAGGAUGCAGCGUCCUGCGCAAGUACUUCGGCCAGCUCCAUUAUCUCCAGAGCCGCAUCCCCAUGGGGCUGGAGCAGGAGGCGUCCGUCCCGAUUACAUGGACAGAAAUCUUCUCUGGGAAGUCGGUGACUCACGCUGACAUCAAGUAUGAGCAGGCCUGCGUCCUCUACAACCUGGGGGCGUUACACUCCAUGCUUGGUGCGAUGGAUAAGAGAGUCUCGGAGGAGGGGAUGAAGGUUUCCUGCACUCACUUCCAAUGUGCCGCCGGAGCGUUCGCCUACCUGAGGGAUCACUUCUCCCAUUCAUACAGUGUGGACAUGAGCCACCAGAUCCUCAAUCUCAAUAUAAACCUCAUGCUGGGUCAGGCUCAGGAGUGUCUUCUGGAGAAGUCCAUGUUGGAUAACCGGAAGAGUUUCCUGGUGGCGAGGAUCAGCGCACAGGUGGUAGACUACUACAAGGAGGCGUGCCGGGCUCUGGAGAACUCGGAAACCGCCUCUCUCCUGGGGAAGAUCCAGAAGGACUGGAAGAAGUUGGUGCAGAUGAAGAUUUAUUACUUCGCUUCCAUCGCUCAUCUGCACAUGGGGAAGCAGGCCGAGGAGCAGCAGAAGUUUGGAGAGCAGGUCGCCUAUAUGCAGAGCUCUUUAGACAAACUCGGUGAAGCUGUAAAACUGUCCAAGGGUCAGCCGUCCACCGUCCAGGAAGCCCUGCGCUUCACCAUGGAUGUGAUUGGAGGAAAGUUCAACUCUGCCAAGAAAGACAAUGAUUUCAUCUACCAUGAAUCUGUCCCGGCUCUGGAUACCCUGCAGGCUGUAAAAGGUGCCCCGUUGGUAAAGGCUCUUCCUGUGAACCCCGUUGACCCGGCUGUCACCGGACCUGAUAUCUUCUCCAAGCUGGUUCCGAUGUCGGCACAUGAGGCGUCCUCUCUAUACAGUGAGGAGAAAGCCAAGCUGCUGCGAGAGAUCGUCUCCAAAAUAGAAGCCAAGAAUGAAGUCCUGGAUCAGUUCACAGACUCUCUGCAGCUCGAUCCGGAAACGGUGGACAACUUGGACAUGUACAGCCACAUCCCCCCGGCCCUGAUGGAGAAGUGCGCAGCGCUGAGCGUGCGGCCGGACACCGUGAAGAGUCUGGUACAGUCUAUGCAGGUCCUGUCGGGGGUGUUCACCGAUGUGGAGGCCUCUCUGAAGGACAUCAAGGACCUGCUGGAUGAAGAGGAGAAGCAGGAGAAGGCGGCGCAGGAGGAGGUGGGGAAACAGGCGGCGGCUCCCUCCUCGCCUUCCAUGACGGAAGUGAACAAGGAGUGGUCCAAGUACAUGGAGGUGCACGAGAGGGCCAGCUUCACCAACACCGAGCUUCACAAGGCCAUGAACCUGCACAUCGGGAACCUGAGGCUGCUGAGCGGAUCCCUCGACCAACUUCAACAGGCACUUCCUGUUCCCAACCUGACCGAAGAGGACAAGUCGGUUCUGCAGAACCUGAAGCGGAUCCUUCACAAGGUGCGAGAGAUGAGGGAUCAGCGGCUGUCUCUGGAGCAGCAGCUGCGGGACACCAUACAGAAAGACGACAUCACCACCUCUCUGGUCACCACCGAUCGCUCCGAGAUGAAGAAACUCUUUGCCGAGCAGCUGAAGAAAUACGACCAAUUAAAAGUUUACAUUGACCAGAACUUGUCGGCCCAAGAGAACAUCCUAAAAGCUCUGACCGAAGCCAACGUGAAGUACGCGCCGAUACGGAAGGUCCUUACAGACUCCGAACAGAAGUGGAAUCACACAGUACAGACUCUCAUCUCUUCCUAUGAGGCCUACGAGGACCUGAUGAAGAAGUCUCAGGAAGGGAAGGACUUUUAUGCCGAUUUAGAGGGCAAAGUCGCCAAACUUCUGGAAAAAACUCGAGCCGCCUUCGAGGCCUCCCAAUCCAGCCGGCAGGCCAUCCUGGAACGGGAGAUGAAAAAGAAGCCUCCUCCACGCCCAACGGCCCCGAAACCAGCACUGGAGAAGAAAGUUUCCGACAUGGACCUUGAGAACAUUCCUGCGGGUGACCUGGCCGACCUACAGAAGUUUUCAUCCCUCUUCCUUUCUGAUCUCCCAGAAGAGCUUAGGAGUUUACCACCCGAUGCCCUCAUCGCCCACCUGGACCGGAUGACAGCUGACACUCUUGCCGCCUUCCCUGGUGGGCCGGCAGCUGCAUACGGUGGAAUGAGGCCUCCCAUGGCAGACCCUUUUCGGGGCGUUAGAACAGCUACUGCCCCCAUGCAAGACCCGCAUGCAGUGCCUUUCAGCCAGGCCUCUUUCAACGUCCAUCCCCCGCCAUACCCCGGCCAUGCCUUCCCACCCAUCAGUUACGGCAAUAUUCCUCCUGUGACUUCAGGAACUGCCGUUCCGUCACAGUAUAUGCGUCAUUCUCCAGAUCAGGCCAUCUCACACGGACAGAUACCGACCUCUUCUCCUUCAAGGAAUCCAAACAUGUAUCCAGCAGGUGGGUCCGGUCAACCAAACCCGGCACCGUCCCCUUUAACACCAGGGUACAGGCCUGCAGCUAGGGCGCCACAAAGAACUUCCCCGCAGCAUAUGCCAACUUCUGUCCCUGGCGCGGCGCACUCGGCAGCUCAGUUUAGGCCGAGUGCUGCAGCAGCAUAUGGAGUUGGUCCGCAUGGUCCACCCGCCUUUAGCCAGAGUGUGGCUGUCCAGCCUCAUGACUCCAGUCAUCAUUACUCGAACCAGAUGCCGCCAAACAAUAUGCAGCCUCCAGCGACUCAAGCAAUCCGGCCUGCGACCACGACAGUGGACAGUAUUCAGGGGCCCAUAUCCAGCUAUGCAGCCCCCCGGUUACCAGCUGGGGGAGCGCCACAAGCUCGGCCCUUGAGUCACCCCCAGAGCGGUUAUAUGGGAGCCCCUGCUCCUCACAUGGUUGGCCAGACCCCUCACUUUCCAUACCCACAAAGCGGAGGAGUUCAGAAUUACGUUCAGCCUCCCCCGCAGCAUUUUACUCAGAUGUAUCCUUUUCACGGUCAGCCGCAGCCUAGAAUGGACACGCAGCCCCAACAACCACAACAGUACGGGGCCCCCGGCCAGCAUCAAUUUGCUCCUCAGAUGAGGGGCCCUGUACAUCCGCAGCAGCAGCAGCAGCCUACUGCUUUUCAACAGCAAGGACAGCCUCCGGGACUGCCUCCUCAGCAGCAUUUUCAGCAGUUUCCCAUGCAGCCUCCACACGCCGCUAUGCAGCCGCCAGGUUCCUGCAUGCAGCCGCGACCUUCCACCAUGCAUCCUGGCCAUUCAAAUGCACCACAACCCAAUUCUGCAGUGCAGCCCAUGCACCCUGGCAUGCAAGUUCCGCCACAUUUAGUAGGGCAGCGUUUUCCUGGUGCGCAGCAGCAAGAUAAUCCUCCUCCUCAGCCUCCCCUUCAUACACAGUUCCCUGGCGCUCUUCCGAGAGCUUCACCCCAGCCGCUACAGCCGACGCCUCAUAUGCACCCACAUGCCAUUCCAGCCGCUCAGCCUCUACCUCCCGGAUCAGCCCCCCAAAUUACAGCCUUUGCUGCUCCUGUAAGACACACCGUUCCCUCUGCUAGUGGGAUUGUAAAUUCGGUACCGUCGGGACCUCAAAUGCCAAUCGGAGCACCUCAGGGUGCGGCCAUGCCUCAUCACAUCCAGCCCGCCAGCAGUCCAGCUCUCAGCCAAAUUCCAGGCGCCACCGCUAUUGUUUCAGGAGCUGCCGCCAUGCCUUCUCCAGCGCCUUCUCCGCAGCCAUCCCUGGUUGUCCAGCCGCCGCCGGCAGUCAUUCCUUCAGCCGCGUCUACCAGCGCGACUAUGCCUCAGAGACCUCCCCCUUCGCUGACUCCUGGAACCGCACAUUUGGGCCAAGGCUCUACAGAACCCGUAUUUCAGAAGCAGAACUCCACGACCGACGACCUCCUGUCCUCUAGUCCCGAAAGCCAACAUGGAGGUUCCAAGACUUCAGUGGGACAGCCCUUAUUACAACCGACCAAGGCCGACGCUAAAGACGGACAGAAACCCAAAGGCAUUCAGCUGAUUGAGAACGACCCGUACGAGAAACCGGAGCACGUCAUGAGGCUGUUGUCUGAACUUGAUCGGUUCCAGGUUUCCGUGAGCGCUCUCGACAAACCGGUGCCCGGUGCUGCGACUCCGCUCGACUCCAUGUGGAAGGAGUUUCAGGACGCUCAAGAGAAGGACGCCAGGAGCCUCUCUAUCGCCAUCGCUCGCUGCUAUAGUAUGAAGAACAGGAAUCAGGACAUCAUGCCCUACGACAAGAACCGCAUAGUCCUGCAGUCGGGGAAGGACGACUACAUCAAUGCUAGCAAGAUCGAAGAGCUAUCUUCUUACUGCCCCACCCUUAUCGCCACCCAGGCCCCGCUUCCAGGGACCGCCUCCGACUUCUGGCUGAUGAUUUAUGAGCAGAAGGUGUCGCUGAUCGUUAUGCUGGUGUCCGACCUGGAGAUAGAAAAGCAAAAGGUGGUGCGCUACUUCCCCACCGAGCGCGGCCAGCCCCUCCUCCAUGGACACGUCACGCUGACUUUGACCAGCCACAAGGUGGCCGACGGGCACGUGGAGAGGGUCAUCUCCCUGCAGUACAAAGACCAGAGCCUGAAACGUUCCAUCAUUCACCUCCAGCUCACCUCCUGGCCGGAGCUUGGGCUCCCCGAUAGUAAAGGGAACUUGUUGCGGUUCAUCCAGGAUGUUCAUAAACACUACUUGCACCAGCGCCCCCUUCACAUGCCCAUUGUAGUGCACUGCAGCUCCGGCGUGGGAAGGACGGGGGCCUUCUGCCUGUUAUAUGCCGCCAUGCAGGAAGUGGAGGCCGGGAACGGAAUUCCAGACCUGCCUCAGCUGGUGAAGAAGAUGAGGCAGCAGAGGAAGCACAUGCUGCAGGAGAAGAUACAUCUGAAGUUCUGCUAUGAGGCCAUUCUGAAGCAUUCGGAACAAGUUCUGCAGAGACACGGAGUCUACACCCCCUCCGCCAGCAAGCCGCAGCCCACGUCCUCUCUGAAGCUGUACUCUCUUCAGGAUCCUCAGGACAUUGUACUCGGAGGGGAUAUGCCCAUCAGCUCCAUCCAAGCUACCAUUGCCAAGCUUAGUAUUAAGCCGUCCUCCGGUAGUCCUGAGGCCAUCAACCAUUAUCAACCACCACCUUUCCCUGUCAUAAGUGAGCAAGCAACAACCGAGUUGUCUCAGCCGGUUCUUCCUCUGAGCUCCUCCCAGCCGGAUCUCGUCGCGCAGACUUACACAGAACCUGCCCCCUCUCCAAUCCCGCCUCAGCCGACUUCCAACGGUCCUGCUGCGGAUGUCCCUGCGGAAGCGAUGAACCACCAUGUGUUGGUCUCCGAAGAUGUGGUGGCUGGACCAGAGGCCAGCAACGCUCCUGCCGUGCCGUCAUCGUCCUCUCUGAACCUGCUGGCCGCUCUCACCCCUGAGGCCUUCAACCUGGACUCGUCCCAGAGAGGAAAGCCGAAGAUGAACAAGCAGAGCUUCCUGCAGCCGCAGAACGACGGCGGCCUUGCCCGGGGAAGCAAGGCUGGCGAUGACCCUCUGAGCAUGCUGGACCCUCUCUGGACACUCAAUAAAACUUAGACUGGGAUGUCUCUCUUGCAGAAGAUUGUGGACAGUGGCCCCCCAUGCACUCCGUUUAUUGGGGUCCCUUUUUUAGACUGAAACGGUUGGUAUGUGAAACACCAAAUCUGGUCCACGUUUAGGGACUUGGGGAGUCUCAUUCCUUCUGGUGUAUGGGAACCCACAGAGAAGAUAUAAUGACUACACUUGUGGAGUCUCUCGAUGAAAGCCUUAAGACGAUGUAAUUCUGGAGCAUCGGCUGACCACACCUGGUAAUUACUGUCUGGAAGUUGGAUGAGCGUCAGCCGCGCAACUCAUUGCUUUGCUAAACCUGUAAUCCUCCUACAGGACGCCCCUCCUCCGGCAUGCACGCCCGACUCAUCCGAAUGGGGCUAAUGUAGCACUUUUUAGGUCGCUCAGAGUGGCCUAUAUAUGACGUGAGGACCCUGCCUUACACUACACUAAAUCAACGCCCUCUAUGUGCAUCUUCACCUUCUGUGAUCGUCUCUCUUUGUCACUGUGGAGCCCGUUCUGGCAUCUUCCACUAAUAGAAACUGUUAACGGUGGAGUCCCCCCCUGUAACACCUUCCCAUGAACCACAUACCAUUGUUAAAUUAUGUAGAUUCAUUUAAAGGCUACAUUCUGUAAAUGUAUGAAACAUGCCCUUCCUUCAUGUAUAUAUUUCUUCACGAGUUA